AUGGCGGCUGAUAACACGGGCGCGAAAUCGAGCUCCGCUGCGGAUUCUUACGUAGGGAGCUUGAUUAGUUUGACAUCCAAGAGCGAGAUCAGAUACGAAGGGAUCCUCUACAACAUUAAUACCGAUGAAUCCAGUAUUGGAUUGCAAAACGUCCGAUCAUUUGGAACUGAAGGGAGGAAGAAAGAUGGUCCGCAAGUUCCUCCAAGUGAAAGAGUUUACGAGUACAUAUUGUUCCGUGGAACUGAUAUCAAGGAUUUGCAAGUCAAAGCUUCUCCACCAGCUCAGGCUCCACCUACUAUAAAUAAUGACCCUGCUAUAAUCCAGUCUCACUAUCCUGGCCCGAUACCAACACCGAGUAGCUUGCCUCCUACCCCGAGCGGGUCACUGCCUGACAUUAACUCUCACAAUGCACAACCUGGACAACAUGGGAUGGGAUUUCAAAACGGAAUGCCUUUGUAUCAGCCUGGUGGAAACCUUGGUUCGUGGGGAGCAUCACCACAACCGCCAAUGUAUUGGCAAGGUUUCUACACCCCACCUCCCAAUGGCCUUCCCCAAUUGCAUCAACAGUCUCUGAUUCGACCCCCUCAUGGGCUGCCAAUGCCCAGCUCUCUGCAGCAACCUCUGCAAUAUCCCAACUUUAAUGCUCCUCCACCUACUGGUCCAUCAACUUUACUGAGCUCAAGCUUGCCAGAGCCACCCUCGUCAUUGUUUCCUUUUAGUACCAGUUCUCAAAUUCUAGCGCCCAGUUCAUUGCCUUUCUCUAGUCUACCUAUGCCGCUGUCUUCAGGCCUGCAAUCUACUACACUGCAACCAGCACCAUCUCCUUCCCUAGCUUCAGAGAUGGCAUCUCCAUUGUUGUCGAACAAAGCUCCUAUUGCUGUGCCUCCUACCCUACCUCAGGAUACUAAUUUGCUUCCCUAUUCCCUACCAACUACUAGAGCCACCGAUAUAAGUGCUGGUCUUCCACUGUCUAACAAGCCUAGUGUAGUUACUGGUCCUAUUUCUGCGCCGCAGACAACAUCAUUAACACCUGCUCCUGUUUCUAGUUUCAUUAGCCAAGAUAAGCCAAAACCUUUGUUGAUUACUCCUGACCAACUUCUGCAGUCUGGACCUGCUGCAGUCGCUUUGUCCCCACCCUCGAAAAAUGCGGAUAAAGAUGUAGAGGUGGUUCAAGUAUCAUCAUCAGCUGGGUUGGAACAAUCUAUUCCAGUUACAUCAGAAGCCCAACCUCCAAUAUUGCCACUGCCUUCCUCUGCAAGGCCAACCCAGAAGCCAAACGGGCAUUCUUUCCCAACUCAUAAUGGUUACAGGGGACGUGGGAGAGGAAGAGGAAGAGGAGCAGGGAGAUCACACCAGGUAAUGAAGUUCACUGAAGAUUUUGAUUUCACAGCGAUGAAUGAAAAGUUCAACAAGGAUGAAGUAUGGGGUAAUCUCGGGAAGAGUACCAAUGGUGAUGGUGAUGACGAUUCCCCAGUCGUAGACGAAGCUGAGCUGCCUAAGAUCGAGGUCAAAGCUGUUUACAACAAAGACGACUUUUUCGAUAGCCUCUCAUCAAAUUCCGUUGACCGAGAUUCCCAAAGUGCAAGGCCUAGGUUCUCAGAGCAACGGAAACUAGAUACUGAGACAUUUGGUGAGUUCUCAAGAUUCAGAGGAGGACGAGGAGGGCGUGGCGGUUAUGGUCGAAACGGUUAUUCACGUGGUGGUUAUGGUGGUCGUGGUUAUGGAGGUUAUGGUGGGCGUGGUGGUGGUGGAGGCUACGGGUAUGGUGGUCGUGGCCAAGGGAGAGGUCCAUCAAAUCGUACUUCCUAG